AUGUCAAUCAUUAUUUUAUUGUUUUUAACGAUAGUUAAGGCCAAUAUCUUUGAUUUCUUCCAAUCUCAAUUCACAGGUCAAAAACAACAACCAGAGUCAGCUGAAAUUGAGAAAUUAAAUUUAAAUUGUGAUAGUUACUUAUGUCCUGAUACCAAUACUUGUGUUGAAUCACCCUCACAUUGCCCAUGUCCAUUUCCUUCCAGUCAGUUAAGAUGUUUCCUUCCAAACGGGAACUAUUUAUGUAUUUCCAAACCAAAUGGAAAUGGGUAUGAUGGUCAAGAUAAUUGGAAAGUUGAUGCAAAAGAUGAUAACAUUAGAGAUUGUGGUUGGGUAAGCAGAGCUUACAAAGGAUUAAUAUAA